AACUACAAGUACCAAGUACGGUCGCUUGUAGUGCACAGUUCCAUUUGUUUUGGUUUAUGCAGACUGUGCUUUGUCACGGGGAGCUAAGAUUCACCGCGGCAACCUUACUUAAACCUGGCCGCAACAUAUCUUUGACUCGCUGCCAAACCAUCGAGCAACUCCUCCUCCGAGGUCUAUUGUAUCUCCACACACGUUUAGGGACGCCGCCUCCCUCGUAGAUCAGAUACCGAACCUCAGAAGCUGGCCUGCCAGUUAGCAAACAAGCUAACGAUUGCUUGAUUUCACCCAUGUCCUCUGAAGAAGGGUUGAGUUCAGCAAUCACUGAUUGGCUUUUCAUCAGUUCUUGGUGGCUGUUUCUGCCAUUCGCCAUGCUUCUUGUAGUUGCCGCAUUUAUCGUUGCCUUUGUGCUGCUGUUAUACAUGAUAUCGCCUCUUAUUAGUCCCAAACCUCUGAAACUGAACGGGGCCCACGUCGUGGUGACAGGAGGUUCAAGUGGGAUUGGGAAGUGCAUUGCAAUUGAGUGCUACAGGCAAGGAGCAUUCAUCACUUUGGUGGCACGAGAUGAGGCUAAAUUGCUUCAAGCAAAAAAAGAGGUGGAGAAAUUUGCCAUCAAUGACAAGCAGGUGGUGCUCUGCAUCUCGCUGGAUGUUUCCAGUGAUUAUAGUCAAGUGGAAAGUGUGAUAAAACAGGCUCAAGAAAAGCUGGGACCAGUUGAUAUGCUUGUAAACUGUGCUGGAAUGGCCAUUUCUGCAAAGUUUGAGGAAAUAGAGGUGGACAUGUUUAAAAAACUGAUGGAAUUGAACUACCUGGGCAGCGUUUACCCAACACGGGCCGUCAUAAACACCAUGAAGGAGCGGAGAAUGGGCCGCAUCGUGUUUGUGGCCUCCCAGGCGGGCCAGAUUGGCCUGUUUGGAUACACUGCAUAUUCCGCAUCCAAGUUUGCCCUGCGUGGCUUAGCAGAGGCGCUGCAGAUGGAGAUAAAGCCGUACAAUAUCUAUGUGACUGUGGCCUAUCCCCCAGACACCGACACUCCAGGAUAUGCUGAGGAAAGUAAGACAAAGCCCCUAGAGACCAAAUUAAUCUCUGAAACAGCUGGUGUUUUUCAGCCAGAGCAAGUGGCUAAAGUUGUUGUGCGUGAUGCAGUGCAGGGGAACUUCAACAGCUCUGUGGGCACUGAUGGUUAUAUGCUCUCAGCCCUCGCCUGUGGAAUGUCACCCGUCAGUUCCAUCACAGAAGGUCUUCAGCAGAUUAUUACCAUGGGAUUAUUUCGGACCAUCGGCCUCUUCUACCUGGGGAGCUUUGACAGCAUCAUACGCCGCUGCAUGAUUCAGAGGGAGCAGUCAAAAGCAGCUGACAAGAGGGAGUAACAGCAACCUUACCUUACCUUCACAUCCCAGCCCCUCCUCCUCCGCACCCUGAUCCCCUCCCCUUCUCCAGCCGUACAAGUGCUCACCAUAGGUGGGAAAAAAGGUUGAGUGCACGUCUGAUAUCAGAUGAGAUGAAAUUAAGUGGCAGAUGUUUACUCUGCCUGCCCGGUGAUGUAACUCCUUCGUAGACCUCACAGCCAUUUCAGUUUUUCUGUCUUUUCAGAGCAUUCCAGUGACAUUUCUGUUUAAUGUGUCUGGCUGCUUCAUUUUGUGGGAGCAGCCUUACCUGAGGGGAAUAAGGGCAGACUAAACAGCCCACGGGCUGCUUUUAAAGUGGGUAGGCUUUGGGAACCACUAACAUUUUACAUGUCAGGCCUCCCUACCUUUACUUGCCUAGCGAUGUUUUGUUUUUUGUUUGUUUUUUUUUCUCCACAGAAGAAAACCAGCAAGUAGUUUGUCGGACCACCGGUAACAAAUAUGGCUUGAAAUUCUUUCCCACCAGGGGCUGUGAUCAAAACCAGAAUGGUACCUGUCAUCUUUUGUCAUAUUGUCGCAUGUAUCACAAAACUCGGUCUACCUUGGAAGAAUUUUGCCGCUUUCCUUAAACAAGUCCAUCCUCCUAUACCUCUUUGUACCACAAGUCUUUGCAGGCAAAGCACCUUCCUUUUUUGACUAAAUAACCUGUGUGUCCCUUAGUGUUUAUGUUGUGGGAUGUUUUGUUGUGAUACAACAGUACUCUUCAGUGAUAAUAGACAGAGACAGCUUGUUUUUUUGUUUUUUUUUAUUUUUCCUAAUGCAAAAACACAAUUUCAAGAAUAAUAAAUAAUUUUAGACAUGAUUGAGGCAAAGCAUUUUGGGUGAAUUGUGCAAAUGUAUGCAAAUGUGUUUGCUGUGACUGAGCCAACCCCGGGGAGAGAAAAGCCAUUCAAUUUUAUUGUCUCGGGAAUAAAUAGACCAAAAUAUUUUCUCAUCAACCUACUUUAUUUCACUGACAAAGGAAAGCAGGUGCUAUGUGUUGAAGCCAUGAAGUCAAAAAAAUAAGAGGAUAAAGCACCAGCACAGGCGACAUUCCACGUGUGCAUUUGACCAAGUUCAGUAACUAGUUUUUGUUUUUUUUUUCCUUAAAUGUGUGAAAGGAAGCAAAUGAUUUUUACAUGCAGUUUUAUGUGUCUGCGAAAAUAUUCAGCUAUUCCAGUCAAGAUCCGAGAAGGAUCCAUAAUCUGUUGGGGUGGUUUAAGUCAGGGCAGGGCGAGACUUGCUGGUUCGAGUCAUGUCCCUUUAGGUCCAUUGAGGGCGCUAGAGAUUUGUUUCACAUAAAGGCCAAAAUAGUAGAGGCACCAGCAGGGAAGAGUGAUCAUUGACCCUCUGUUCAGACUUUGUAACUCCAAAAAUAACUAUUGAUUCCCUCCCGAUUUCUGUCAGGCCUUAAAAAAAAAUCUUGUAUUUACUAUUAUAACCUGGUUAUUGUUUUGCAUAUAGAGGGAGAAAAAGUACAGUGUCGAGUCUUGCGAGUCUUCCUUUGGUCCAUCAGAAACGGGGAGAAUGUACUUUAAUACAAAGCAUAAAAAUCAGAACAUAGGAAUAUUAUUUUUAAAUACAUCGAUAUGUAAAAGCCAAAAUAUGUUAAGAUUUAUUUCGAUGCUGCUGCUCUGUUGAUUUUAGUCUGUGAACGCUGUGGAGCAGCAAGGGGAGGGGGCGUUUCAAGCCUUAAGACGUGACUGCUGGUGAAGGUGAUGCUGUAAGAAUGGACCUGUCCACAGAUCAGCAUGGCUUAACCAGUUCAUCUAAUAUGAUUUUCAGUGUAAAAUGCCAACUGCUGUGUAUUUUGUCAAUUCCUGGUCCUUGUAUGACAUAAAGACGCCUUACUGAAAUCCAAGAUAUGAAAGUGAGAAUGGAUGACUCAUGUUUGAUGAUGUUCUCAUUUGAUAUUGGUUAAAGGCAUGUACUGUCCUGCACUCAAGACCUUUUCGUUGUUGUACGUUUGUUGCUUUCUAAAGUUCUCUUUUACCUUGAGGUAGCGGUACAUAGUUGAUAGAACAUGUAGCCCAUAUUAAGCUUUUUUUUUGUUUAACACCUUUAAGCUAUGCAAAUGAAGCCUGUGCUUAUAAUAUGUUGAAACAUAUAGAUACAUUUGUUUUGUAACAGUCACACUAGUUUCCCGUUUAAUGGUGUCAUCAGAUAAGUUGAAGUAUUGAACAUAAGUCAUAAAGCACUCGUUUCAUUUUUUGCAUUUAUCUUUUUGUUUUAAUCUUCACACCUGGUGUGCCAUUGAAAGAAAAUGUGAGAAGUAGAAUGUUCCUUUGUCUUAUUUUCUUACGUGAUAUGCUAAAUAAAUACAUG